AUGUCCUUCAACAUAUUAAGAGUUCUUUCGGUUAUUCUGUGUGUGAUAACAUGUUCAUCGUCGUGGAAUAGUGUUUGCUUUUACAAAGAGGAUGAAGGCCCAUGUAAAGCCAUCAAUAUAAGAUUCUAUUAUAAUGCUACUCUUGGUUCAUGUGUUCAGUUCACCUAUGGUGGAUGUUAUGGUAACGAAAAUAAUUUCCAAUCAGAAGAAGAAUGUAAACAAAAGUGUCAAAGCAGUGGCAAAUUUAACAGAAGUAACUGCAAACUGAGCCCUGAUCCAGGUCCAUGUCGUGGCUAUUUCGACCGUUUCUUCUAUAAUUCGACUUCAGGAAAAUGUGAUAAAUUUAAAUUUGGCGGUUGUCUGGGCAAUGAAAAUAAAUUUUGGGAUAACGAAGAAUGUCAAGCGAAAUGUGGAUCAGAACUUGCUCGAGCAUGGACUAUACAACGUGACUUCAUUUGUCGUUAUAUUCGCGGGCAUUUGUGUUUUACUCGCUGCUUUGAAACUUUUCCUGUAGCUGGAUUGGGAAUAAAUGUUCAAAUGAAGUAUACAUCACGUGGAAGUAUUUAA